UCCAAAGUUAGUGGUGCAAAAUGGGCUGGGGUUUCUUUUGUGAAAAUUUCUAUCCAACAAUCUGAGACUUUGCUCACACGACCGGAAUCAAUUCUUAUUUUGUCCGAUGUCAUUUUGACACUUUCUAAUAUGUUUGGAAAAACAAUUAACAAACCAGAGUUACAAAGGGAGGUAACUUCACACCAACUUCCUCGUUUUAAUACGACUCUCUUAAAUCUAUCUGAAAAUAAAGAACUUUUGUGUCCUGAUGGAAUAUUUGAUCAUGGAUCUAAUUGUCUUGCGAGUAUAACAAAUACAGGUGGCAAAACAAACUCAUUUGCUCAUUGGAAAUCAAUUUCAUUAAGAUUAAUUGGAUCAUUAAAUUUCCUGUUGAAUCGAUUAUUUGAUACGAUUAAUGAAG